UAAACCGAGAGGGAACCAAGUAUAAAAGAUCGAAAUAUCUUUGGGAUGAUAUUCCACUCCUUAUUCAAACAGCAUACCGUAAACAUGAGGUUGCUGCUGAUCGCUCUGUUAUUUCAGAUUUAUUUGACGGUUUCCUCGGCUUUCCCCGAGCCAAAGCAAAAGAGGGACGUUCUUCCAGGCGAUCCGCGUUACGAUCAUCAUCUCGACAACGUGGUACAAGUUAAAUCCUUCGAUGACGAAUCCGUGGUACAGGACGUCUAUGGACCCCCUGGAUAUCAACCGGGCGCUCCCCUUGGUAACGAGUACUUGUCACCCCUCGCGUUCACUGAAUAUUCCACACCGGUCGCUGAAGUGGUUAACGUAGAACCUGAAAAAGUAGUAUCAACCACAACAUUCUCGGUUCCCGUUGAAAGCGUCGAAACGGUAAACGUUACACCGCCACCAACCUCUUACGGUACUCCCGUGGAUAAAACCGUUAAGGCCGUCGUAGAUACCGAAUCCGCGUCCCAAGUGAAAUCCACGGUCAAAACCGUGAAGACCCGAGUUCACGAAGGAUCCCCGUCGACUGUGAACAUCGUUGAACGCGGGCCUGCCUUAAAACAAGUAACACACUUUACCAACGCGGCGAAGACCAUCCCCUCGACAACCGUGAGGAAGAACGUUGUUGGCAAAACUCUCCUGCCCACCGUCUACGCUUCUUACAACGGAGUCCUUAACGUACCCUCUACCGGUUACUCUUCCCAACUUCCCUCCCUCUCCACGGUGCAACAAUCCGGCCUCGUCGAUCGAGCCGUCAAUUUCAACGUCCCUCUUCCCCUCUCAUCUUCCACCCAGCUGAACAAAAACGUUCCAACCGCCUAUUCCAUCGCGCAACCAGCCUUCUCGGCCCCGCACACGCAUAUCGUGCAAGGGGUCCCCGUCCACAGCCUCUACGCGUUACCUUCCGUUUCAUCUCUCCCCUUCGAGACGCUGUCUCCGAUCCAAUCGAUAUCCCCCGUGGGCACCUUGACCCCCGUGCACCCUGCACACGCUACCUACGCACAGGUGCAACCGGUCGACACGUUGCCGUCCUCCAAUCUGGUGCACAUCGUGGAAUCCGUCAAGUCGGUGAAGACCUCGUCGCCCGUGCAACACGCGGUACACGCGGUGCCAACCGUGGUCAAGAGCGUGGAAACGUUGACACCUGUGGUGAGCGUGUCCACGGUCAGCCCUCUGCAAUCGGUGGACGCCGUGGAUCCGAUCAAAUCGGUGGGAAUCGUGUCGCAUCAACCGGUCGAGACUCAACAUUCCGUGACCGAGGUGCUUAAAACGAAAUCCGUACCCGUGGUCCAUAUCUCGGAUCAGCAGGACAAGCAAUUCUUGGGCAAUUUCUUCUACCAACUCGCCAUGAUGUAUUUGCCCAACCUGUCCAACUUACGACCCCCGUCCUCCACCUCGACCUCGACCUCGACCUCGACCUCGCCCUCGUCCUCGCCCUCGUCCUCGUCCUCCCGCGCACAUUCCAAGUCGGAGUUGACCACGAGCCAACCGGUUAAGGUGACCACCCCUGUCACGCUUCUCACCGAUUAUAAUUAUAAUCAAGAAUCGAUCGUCGGUGUCAAUAAUCCGGCCUCGGCUAGCAAGCAGGUGGUGAGCGUGACGCCAGCCAACGAGUACGUUCAACCCACGGAAACUAACGGCGGAUACGUUUAUUGAAUGUAUUAAAUCGAUGGAUAUCGGUCCGUUGUUGAAAAUAUGUGAAUGUACGAAGUGUUAUAAGUAAAUAAAAUUCUUUUAUUGUAUUAAUAUCGGA